UAUUUUUGUUGUUGUUGUUGUUAUUAUUAAUGCAGAAUCUUUAUACAAUUUUUACAAUCAUAAACAAAAACUGCUUUACGAUAUAUGAAAAAGAAAACAAUUUCCUAUCCCGUGGCCUUGAUCUCUGAACGUCAGCAUGGCCUAAUUAAUAUUUAUGAAUUGAACAUUUGCCAUUGGAGAGCGAACAAGUAACGUAUGAAAUUAAUAUUCAUGAGGAAAGCCUCUGGAAAAACGAUUGGACAGCUGUCAGGAACGCUAAGAGAUCAUUAAUAUUCAUAAGCUAAGCCUUAGCCGUACAGUUAUUGUUGAUUUCUAUUUCGUGUUUGAUAUUUCGAAAUGAUACGGUAUGGCAUAUCGGGCGAAACAGGAUAUCUGCAUUAAAUUGUAUAUGGUCUGUGGAUUCAAAAUGAGCGCAAGGAAUAUUGCUCGUUUCUGGGAAUGGGGAAGAAAGAUUAUCUGCGUCGGGAGAAACUAUGCAGAUCAUGCCAUCGAGCUCAAAAACGCAAUUCCUACCGAACCCGUGCUAUUUCUGAAACCCCCAUCGGCUUACAUUAGAGAAGGGUCUCCUAUUCUGGUCCCCUACUACUCCAGUAACCUACAUCAUGAAGUUGAACUGGGGGUGGUCAUUGGUAAAGGGGGAACUUCUAUUUCCCAGUCAUCAGCCAUGGACCAUGUGGCUGGAUAUGUCUUGUGCUUGGACAUGACAGCUCGGGACAGUCAGGACGAAUGCAAGUCCAAAGGUCUUCCAUGGACCUUGGCCAAAACGUUCGACACCUCGUGUCCCAUAAGUGACUUCAUUCCAAAGGAGAAGAUCCCAAAUCCGGAGAGCAUCAAUUUGUGGUUGAAAGUGAACAAUAUUAUGAGACAGAAGGGAAACACAUCUCAGAUGAUUUUCUCCAUUCCAUAUCUCAUAAACUACAUCAGUAAGAUUAUAUCAUUGGAGGAAGGUGAUCUUAUUCUCACUGGUACCCCAAAAGGAGUGUCCAGUGUCCAGGUGCAUGAUGAACUUCAAGCUGGGAUUGAUGACAUUGUGACCAUGACAUUUAAAGUUGAUAGAAAAAGUUGAUUUUUUUUAAAGACAUUUUACACUUACUAGUUUUAAUCUGGAAAAAAUGAAUCAGAAAAGUUCCAAUUGUUGAUCUCAGGUUAUUCUAUUAAGUAUGCAAUCACAAUAAGAAAAUGUUUGUAAAAUUACUGUACUGUAUUCACAUGAAUGGGAAACAAUGCAUCUACCUAAUGGAUUUCAACAUAUUCAAAUACUUGAUCUUACAGUUUGUGUCCAUCUGCAAAGUUAUGUCACAUUAAAGACAUGAACAGAAUAACACUAUAAACAUUAACGCAAUACACUAAUAAUUGAGUUUUACAGUUAAUAUUACUUAAUUAAUGGUUAAUAUAACUUUAGAAAUACAAGUAUUAUAUACUUCAUACUGUGAUAUGAGCUAAAAUUUAUAUCAAUGUAUUUUCCUCUCCAGCCGGUAUAUCUGUAUUACUGUAUAUUGCCUUAUGACAAAAAAUUUUGGUAUCACAUAGUAAACCUUAGUUAAAUUACUGGAAAAUAUGCAUUUUUAUUUUAGAAAAACGAAGGGAUUGGUCAUAGAAAUUAUUUUUUUCCUCAAAAAGUGCCACUGGAUGGGCAGACUGCUUUUGUUAUGAAUAUUAUGCUUAUUGUCACUGUCGGAUUGAAACCUUGUGUUUUUAAAACAGCUACUUUUCAAUUAAAUGGAACAAACACUGUAUUUUUUUAAAUAAUUCAACACAUAAACAA